AUGUGGAAGAUACUAAUAUUGCUAAGUGUUGUGACGUUAGGUUAUUGUGAUGAUGGUGAGUGGAAACAAGUGCGCACUGCACAAGGAGAGGUGCGCGGACGCAAGGACCCUGCCGGUGGACUAUACGCAUUCCUUAAUAUUCCAUAUGCUAAAGUGCCUGUAGGAACUGACAGAUUUAAGGCACCUCUUUCUGCACCGAUAUGGCUGGAACCACUAGAUGCCAUCGACAGAGGCAUCAUAUGUAUGCAACCUCCUUCACCAUUAUUUGACACUAGUUCCAAAGUAAUGCAGGAAGACUGUCUUAUCACUAAUGUUUAUGUUCCUGAUACUGACGAUAAAAACCUACCUGUUAUAGUAUACAUUCAUGGAGGUGCAUUCGAAAUAGGAUUUGGAAACAUGAUGACACCCAAACACCUAGUCAAAAACAAAAAGGUUAUUGUAGUCAAUUUCAAUUAUCGUCUUGGAGUACACGGAUUCUUAUGUCUGGGCACUGAAGACGCACCGGGAAAUGCUGGACUGAAGGACCAAGUGGCUCUACUUCGCUGGGUGAACAAGAAUAUUGCAAGUUUUGGUGGUAACCCAGAUGAUGUUACUAUAGCUGGCUACAGUGCAGGCUCAGUCUCAGUCGACUUGUUAAUGCUUUCAAAAUCGGCAAAAGGACUAUUUAAUAAAGUCAUACUGGAGAGUGGAGUAAGCGUAGGUUUCAUAGCCAUUCAAAGAAAUCCCAUAGAAAACGCUAAAACCUACGCCAAAAUGUUAAACUUUACAAAAGUUAAUGACUUUUAUUUAAUGCAAGAAUUUUACAAAAGUGCUCCAAUGAAGUCUAUGUUCAUGAGCACAUUUUUAGGGAGAAAAGAUUCAACUGUGCUAUUUUCACCUUGCAUUGAAAGGAGAAAAGGUAAUCAGGCCUUUUUAGAUGAAUCACCAUAUAAUAUUAUCAAGAGUGGCAAUUACAACAAAAUCCCUAUGCUAAUCGGCAUCAGUAACAUGGAAGGAUCUUUGCAGAUGCAUCAUGUGGGAAUAUGGAAAGACUCUAUGAAUACCAAAUUCAGUGAUUUCUUGCCAGUUGAUAUAAAAUUUCAGAGCAAUGACGAAAGAGACAUUGUAAGCAAUAAAAUUAAAGAAUUUUAUUUUGGCGGACAGCCAGUAGGAGAAGAAACAAUACUAGCUUACCUGGACUAUUUCGGUGAUAUUAUGUUUGGCUAUUCUACUUUGAGAGCAGUUAAAUUACAUUUGGAAGCUGGGCACAAGCAGAUCUAUUUGUACGAGUUCAGUUUCGUGGAUGAUAGUGUGCCUGUCAUACCUAACACAAACGAACGUCGUGCACAACAUUGCGCUCAAACUAUGGCAGUACUUGAAGGACCUAUGGAUGAAGAAACUUUAUCUGAAGAGUACAGAAACCUGAAGUCUGUUAUAAGAGAAAUGUGGUCAAACUUCGCUAUACACGGGACUCCUGUGACAGAAGAUUCGUCGCUGCCUACCUGGCCUACGACAAGUGCAGGUGGGAGUCCAUAUAUGUCCAUUGGAAAAGCAGUGGAGAUAAAAGAAUCCUUUUUGGGGGAACGUGGAAAAUUCUGGAACAAGAUCUAUGAAAAAUACUACAGCGCACCAGUGGCAGUGGCGCCACCUCCAUCACAAGCAUAUCACAAUGAACUGUAA